AUGGAUAAUGUAUUAAGAAAGGAUGAUUGUUGUUCUAAAGGAAAGACACCUGACGGAAAAGUCUUCAAAGUACCUCCUACAAGAGAGAUGGUGCAAUCUCUUUUAGAUCUCAACGAGAAAAAAAGUUUUUUUGAUAUUUUGACUCUGCUGACUUUAGCAAUUGAGAUAAGCUUGUUAUUUAUACUACCACGUCAAACGGCACAGUAUUUCUUUCUCUUUUUAUUUUUGUUUUGGAGAGUCGCUUACAAUGUUGGUCUGGGCAUAUUGUUGAAAAAUCAAAGCGAAUCAAAGAAUCUGGUUAGACUGGCAAAGAAACACAAGAUAUUCGAUGAAAAAGCACAUCCGAAGCUAACCAAAUGGCUAAAAAAUCAAUUGAGUACAAAAAUGGGCUCUGAUUAUAAUUUUUAUACUGCACCGAUUGAGUACAACACCUGGCUCUUAUUCAGACAAUUGGUGGAUCUAAUCUUAAUGAAUGAUUUUGGUACGUAUGUUUGCUUUGCUAUCUCUUGGUUCAACACGCGGCCUCAAUCUUCGUUUUUCAUGGAUGAUACAUUGAGAUGGGUGGGCGGUAUUUUUAUGAUUGCUUUUAAUAUCUGGGUCAAAUUGGACGCUCAAAGAGUUGUUAAAGAUUUCGCUUGGUAUUGGGGGGACUUUUUCUUCCUGAUAGAACAAUCGCUUACCUUUGAUGGUGUAUUUGAAAUGGCUCCACAUCCCAUGUACUCUGUAGGUUACAUUGGUUACUAUGGUAUAUCGUUGAUUUGUGCAAGUUACACAGUUUUGUUUGUUAGUAUUUUCGCACAUGUACUUCAAAUGGCAUUCCUUGUGUUUGUUGAAACACCUCACAUCGAAAAGACAUACAACCCACCUAUCAAACCCAAAAGGCAGCCGAUAGUCACCGAAUCAUUAGAUGAUGAUGCUACCAUACUUAUCAAAUCAAUCCUCAACAGUGGAAACUUCAACACGAAUUAUUUUCGUCGUGAUUUGAUUGUAUUUAAAAAUUUUGACCUUUUCCAAUCAAGUGACUUGGCUGCAGGUCUUGUUAUGGUAUAUGCAUCUAUCACACCGUUCCUUGUACAAGGUAAACUGGGAAUUGUUUAUGCCGUAUUCCAAGUAUUCUUUUGGCGUAUAUUUCAUUCUUUUGGGCUUGGUUUCUUAUUAUACGCUCAAUCGAAAACCAAGUUUUUCACUCGUCAUUUCGUUAAAUGGGGCGGGGGAGUGAAUGAGGCAUUUCAAAACUGGAAAAGUAUCUACAAUUUAUCAUCGUGUAUGACUUAUGUUUCAUUCAUUACUCUAUGUUUAAAACUUUAUUCAUUGCCAUCAGAUUGGACAUAUGGAAUGACCCUACUAAGACAUACAUUAGGCCUAAUCUUUAUAGCCUUGCAUAUAUGGACCUCUGUCUCUAUUUAUGAAGUCUUGGGAGAUUUUGGCUGGUUUUACGGUGAUUUCUUCACGGAUGACCACCCGGCGCAAUUAUUGUAUUCCGGUAUUUACAGGUACCUGAAUAAUCCAGAAAAAAUCAUGGGUCAUGCUGCAUUUUGGGGUUUAGGCUUGAUAACAAAUAACCAUUAUGUAUUUGGUUUGGCUUUAUUUUCUCAAGUGGCAAACUCAUUAUUUCUGCAUUUUGUCGAAAGACCGCACAUGCAGAAAUUAUACGGUGAUCAAAUCCGAAAAGAAGCUGGUCUAACAAAAACUUUAAGAACUGCAGCUCAGAAUAUUCCAAAGAAACUACCUAGGAAUGUUUCUACCGAAAUUGAGAAAUUCGUACGAGAAGCAGCUGCUGCCGAGAGUGACUCCUCGUCAAAAGUAGAAAGCGUCAUCAAAGAGACGAUUGGGAAAGUUGAAAAGGUGGUUGCUGAUACGGCUGAUACUAUCGGUAGCAAGAUUUCCGAAACUGAUUUAUCAGCAACUGCUCUUCAAGCGACAAAAAAGUUGUUUGAUGUCGACAACACUGAUGGUGAAACACAACAUUAUAGUUUAAAAUUGUCCCAUUUCCAUCAUCGCGCCGAUCAGCCUGUACAACCGAACAAUGUCUUUAUUAUAGGAGAGCGUAUCAAAGUUGACUGGACGGCUCCCGAGAAUCAUGGCCCGAAAGAUUGGGUUGGAAUAUAUAAAGUUACCGCAAAUCCAAACAAACAAAUUACUUCGGCAAAUUCUCGCGGCAGGUGGUAUUGGACAAAUGCUAUUGAACCCACCCUAUCAACGUCAAAGGAUGUUGUCGAUGACGAUUAUGAUGAAGGUAUCAUUUUCCCUCCAAACACUGAGAUCAGGUCAAAGGGAUGUGUAGUUUUUGAAGGGAACAAGUUACCAUGGGAAGAAGGUACUUAUGAAAUUAGGUAUCAUCAUGAUGGAAAAUAUAAAGUAAUGGCAAGGAGCAUACCAUUUGAAAUAACAGUCCCUGCAACACCUGACAUAAACGACGAAGAUGCAAUCCAAGUAUGUUUGUUGCGGUUGGUUCAAAGCGCACUUGAUUAUGAUCCAGAAAAAAUGCCAAUGUCACCAAUUGAUAACUACACCUAUCUUGAUGAAACUGCUGCAAAGAAGGUAGUAUAUGUGAUCAGGAAAGUGUUUGGUGUAGAGUUUGCAUGGGAAGUGAUUGUAAACGAUACAAGAGUAAGCCGAUUGACAAAACGAGUAAGUGGAUUUAUGAUGGAUGCAUAUAAUAGUUUGUAA